ACGAGAUGCUGAUCCUAAUGACCUACAUGCCGAGAUAGUAUCUGAUUUAAAAAAAAUGUUGGAUAGAGAAAACGUUCUGGUGAGAUCUUUUCGGAUGGUUAAGGAUAGGAUGAUUGACAGUGGAAGCUUUGAUGUGAAGCUGAGGCUAAUUGGAAAGCGAAAUAGAGAUGGAAGAAGAUAUAAUCUUCCAACAACAUCGGAGGUUGCAGCUCUAAUUGUCGGAGAUCUUGAUGAGAAUUUGGGAAAUAGAGAUAUAAUAGUUGAAACGCAAUCUGGUCGUCUAAAGAGAAUUAAUGAAUUGCAUGCAUCGUAUCUCGCACUACAUUAUCCAUUGUUGUUUCCAUAUGGAGAAGAUGGAUAUAGAGAGAAUAUUCCUUUUUCUGAAUUGUACGUUGGCGCAGGUCGAAAGCACGUAAGCAUGCGCGAAUUCUUUGCCUUUAGGGUUCACGAGAGAUAUAAUGAGGCAACGACUAUAUUAUCUUCGAAACGACUUUUCCAACAAUUCAUUGUAGAUGCAUAUACAAUGAUUGAAUCUUCCCGUUUGAGAUACAUUAGAUUUAAUCAACAACAGUUAAGGUGUGAAUUGUAUAGUGGUCUUAAUGAUGCUUUGUUACGUGGAGAAACAGAUGCAUCGAACCAGGGAAGACGCAUAAUUUUACCGUCAUCAUUUACUGGGGGAGCUAGAUAUAUGGUGCAAAGUUAUCAAGAUGCAAUGGCUAUUUGUAGAUGGGCGGGUUAUCCUGAUUUGUUUAUCACAUUAACAUGUAACCCAAAAUGGCCUGAGAUUACAAGAUUUGUUGAGAGUCGUGGAUUGAAACCAGAAGACCGCCCGGACAUUGUUUGCAGGAUCUUUAAGACUAAGCUAGAUGGAUUAAUUGAUGAUAUUCGAAAAAGAAAAAUUUUUGGUAGUGUCAAAGCAGUUGUUUACACGGUGGAGUUUCAAAAAAGAGGACUACCACAUGCACACAUACUUUUGUUCCUAUGCCAGGAAGAUAAAUUUCCAUCCCCAUCUUCUAUUGAUAAGAUCAUAUCUGCGGAGAUUCCUGAUGAACAAAAUGAUCCAGAGUACUACAGCGCCGUGAGAGAGUUUAUGUUGCAUGGCCCAUGUGGAGAUGACAAGAGAGACUCGCCUUGCAUGAUUAAUGGUCGUUGUUCUAAACAUUUUCCGAAGAGGUUUGUCGAAUUGAGUUCCAUUGAUGAUGAUGGGUAUCCUAUAUAUAGACGUAGAGAUGACGGAAGGAUUAUUCGUAAAAGUGGCGCUGAUUUGGAUAACCGCUAUGUUGUUCCUCAUAACCGUUACUUAUUGCUUCGGUAUGGUGGUCACUUGAAUGUUGAGUGGUGCAAUCAGUCACGUGCUAUCAAGUAUUUGUUUAAAUACAUAAACAAAGGCAAUGAUCGUGUGACUGCAUCGUUCUAUAAAAGCUCCACUGAAGAUGAAACCACCAAGAGCUUAGAUGAAAUCCAAAUGUACUAUGAUUGUCGAUAUAUAUCAUCAUGCGAAGCAGCGUGGAGGACAUUGGAAUAUGAAAUACAAUUUAGAGAUCCACAUGUUCAGCGACUUUCGUUUCAUCUUCCAGGGAAGCAUCCCGUCUACUAUAAAGAUUCAGAUAAUAUUGAAGAUAUUCUAGACAGAGAAACAUCUGAAAGUAGCAUGUUUUUAGAAUGGAUGGAGGCUAACAAAUUGUAUUCUGAAGCCAAAGAGCUUACUUAUGCCGAGUUUCCAACAAAAUUUGUUUGGGACUCGAAAGAAAAGAAAUGGUUUCAAAGGCAGAAAGGUUUUGCUAUUGGUCGCAUUUACUAUGUUCCUCCAGGUUCUGGAGACAUGUACUACUUAAGGUGUUUGUUAAAUGUAGUGCGUGGUCCAACAUGCUAUGAGGACUUGUGUUUCGUUAAUGGCACUCAGUAUGAUACCUUUAGAGAUGCUUGCUAUGCAUUGGGGUUGUUGGAUGACGAUAAAGAGUAUGUUGAUGGAAUAACUGAAGCAAGUAAUUGGGCAUCAGGCCAAUCAACUAGAGUUCUUUUUGCAACACUUCUAUCAUCCGGAUCUAUCAGUCGACCUGAAGUUGUAUGGAACUCCUGUUGGGUUUAUCUAUCAGACGAUAUUUUGAGCAAACAACGAAAAUUGCUUCAAUAUGCAG